CCUCCCCGCACUGCCGCGCCCUCACCCACCCCCACUCCCCUGGACUCACCUGGUCCACGCGCACUCUACACCUGUACACCCGGCUGCAGGCUAACAGCACAGAGGCUUGGUUGUGACAAGCGGUGCCGGCUACUCUGCUCACAGAGAGAGACAAAGAUGUCCAACACGGCGCACAUCUCCAAGGAGGAGCUACUGGAGAUCAGGGAGGCCUUCGACAAGAUCGAUGUUAACAACAGCGGAUACGUGCAGGACUUCGAGCUGCAGGAUCUGUUCCGCGAAGCCAACCUGCCCAUGCCGGGCUUCCGCGUGCGCGAGAUCGUGCAGAAGCUCAUGGUCGUGAGCGACACGGAUCAGGAUGGGCGCAUCAGCUUCGACGAGUUCAUCUCGGUUUACCAUGAGCUGAAGAGCACGGAGAUCGGCAAGACGUUCAGGAAGACGAUCAGCAAGAAGGAUGGGAUCCUGGCCAUUGGUGGAACCUCCAACAUCUCCAGCGAAGGGACCCAGCACUCAUAUUCGGUGGAGGAGCGCGUGGCGUUCGCCGGCUGGGUCAACAAGGCGCUGGAGCCUGACCCUGACUGCAAGCACGUGCUGCCGGUCAACCCCGACAACGAGUCGCUCUUCAGGUCCUUGGGGGACGGCAUCAUCCUCUGCAAAAUGAUCAACAUUUCCAGUCCAGACACCAUCGACGAGCGAGCCAUCAACAAGAAGAAGCUCACCGCUUUCACCAUCCAGGAGAACCUGAACCUGGCCCUCAACUCGGCGUCGGCCAUCGGCUGCCAGGUGGUGAACAUCGGCGCCGGGGACAUCCGCGAGGGCAAGCCGCACCUGGCGCUAGGCCUGCUGUGGCAGAUCAUCAAGAUCGGCCUCUUCGCCGACAUCGAGCUCACGCGCAACGAGGCCCUGGUGGCCCUGCUGAUGGACGGCGAGAGUCUGGAGGAGCUGAUGAAGCUCUCGCCAGAGGAGCUGCUCCUCCGCUGGGUCAACUACCACCUGGAUAACGCCGGCUGGCAGAAGAUCAACAACUUCACGACCGACAUCCAGGACUCGAGGGCGUACUUCCACCUCAUCAACCAGAUCGCGCCCAAGGGCGACGUGGCGGGAGAGGAGAAGAUCGACAUCGACAUGGCCGGCUUCACCGAGCAAGACGAGACAAAGCGCGCCGAGCAGAUGCUGCAGCAGGCCGAGCGGCUGGACUGCCGGCAGUUCGUGACGCCCACCGACGUGGUGCGGGGCAACUACAAGCUCAACCUGGCCUUUGUGGCGAACCUCUUCAGCAAGCACCCGGCGCUCAGCCGGCCCGAAAGUGGCAUCGACUGGAGCCAGCUCGAAGACGGAUGUGGUGACGGCGAUGGUGGUGAUGGUGGUGAUGAUGGUGAUGAUGAUGGUGAUGAAACGAAAAAUCCCGGGUCUCGGGCUCGUUCCCGGGGAAGUGGGAUCCUUGCUGGGAUCCGAGGCGAGACGAGGGAGGAGCGGCAGUUCCGCAACUGGAUGAACUCCCUCGGGGUCAUUCCCUUCGUCAACCACCUGUACAGUGACCUCACGGACGCGCAGGUCAUCUUCCAGCUGUACGAGAGGAUCCAGGCGAAGGUGAACUGGGACAAGGUGAACAAGGCGCCGUACGCUAAGCUUAGUGCUCACAUGAAGAAGCUUGAGAACUGCAACUACGCGGUGAUGUUGGGCAAGGAUUCAGGCUUCUCCCUGGUUGGCAUCGCGGGGCAGGACCUGUACGAAGGCAACCCCACCCUCACCCUGGCGCUCGUGUGGCAGAUCAUGAGACGGUACACGCUGAUUGUUCUGGAGGACCUGGGUGAUGGGCAGAAGGUGAACGACGAGAUCAUCAUCGGCUGGGUGAACGAGAGCCUGGAGGAGGCCAGGAAGAAGUCUUUCAUCUCCAGCUUCAAGGACACCAGCAUAAGCAGCAGCCAUGCGGUGCUGGACCUCAUCGACGCCAUCCAGCCGGGCUCCAUCAAUUACGACAUCAUCAAGACCGGCUUUCUCGACCUCAAGGAGAAGCAGGACAAUGCCAAGUACGCCAUCUCGAUGGCGAGGAAGAUCGGCGCGCGUGUCUACGCGCUGCCCGACGACCUCGUCGAGGUGAAGCCGCGCAUGGUCAUGACCGUGUUCGCGUGUCUGAUGGGGCGCGGCAUGAAGCGCGUCAAGUGAAGUGGGGUGGCGGGAGGGA